UAUCUCCCCGCCCCCGCCCCGCACAGCUGGAGGGCCAUGCUAGGGAAAGAGGCCACGCUUCCCAAACUUCCUGCCCCACUUUCCUCAACAGCCGGCUGCCAGGACGUGCCGCCGUCGCCGCUGAGCGCGCCUCGAGUGUGAGGAGCGAGGAGAGAGCCGCCUCAGGAGCCGCCGCCCCCUGAGGGGACCGUGAGCCCGCCGCCCACCCCGCGCAAUGAGCGAGCCCCGGGAGAAGAAGGCGCCCGCGGCUUCGCCCCCCGGCGGCACUGGCAAGGGCCCCGCCGUCGUCUCGCUGCUCUUCUCGCUCCUCUCGGUGGGCGCUUGCUUCCUGCUCAACGCCAAGACCUCUCGGCUCGAGGGCCGGCUGGUGGCCCUCGAGGAGGAGUUGGCCGCCGGCCGCGCAUGGAGCCCCGGCGAGCAGCUCAGCGCCGAGCCCCUGCUCGCCCUGCUGCAGCCUCAGGUGGACGGGCUCCUGCAGGAGAAACUGAGUGAAGGAUUAGCCAAACUACGUACAGCAAGAGACGUAUCAUCUGAAUGCAGGUGCCCACCAGGUCCACCUGGAAGGCGAGGAAAGGCUGGACGACGAGGAGAUCCAGGUCCUCCAGGGCAGUCAGGACGAGUUGGUUACCCGGGGCCUCUUGGACUGGAUGGCAAACCAGGGCCUCCAGGAGCAAAAGGGGAAAAGGGGGAUCAAGGAGACAUCGGCCCAAGAAUGGCUUUCCCUCGCCUCAGUCAUGGAUUUCUCUCUGACCAGCCUAUUUUUAGCCGACGUAUCCUUAAGGGGGAUCAAGGUAAUGAUGGUGCUGCUGGUCCGCCAGGUCCUCCUGGACAGCCGGGUGCAAGAGGGCCCCCUGGAGACACAGGAAAAGAUGGCCCAAGGGGACCCCCAGGCCUUCCUGGUGAGAAAGGACAACCUGGAGAAGCUGGUAUCAUGGGUGAGCCUGGUAUUCCAGGAGGAAAAGGUGAUGCUGGAAUCCCAGGAGAACCAGGGAUUCAAGGGCCAAAGGGAGAACAAGGAAGUAUUGGGCCCAUAGGCGAGAAGGGCAAUGAAGGACUACCAGGGCCAAAGGGAAAACAAGGAAGCGUUGGCCCAAUGGGAGACAAAGGCAUAGAUGGUAAACCAGGGCCAAAGGGAGAACCUGGAAGCCCUGGCCCAAUGGGAGACAAAGGCAUAGAUGGUCUACCAGGGCCAAAGGGAGAACCAGGAAGUGUUGGCCCAAUGGGAGAGAAAGGCAUAGAUGGUCUACCAGGGCCAAAGGGAAAACAAGGAAGCGUUGGCCCAAUGGGAGACAAAGGAAUAGAUGGUCUACCAGGGCCAAAGGGAGAACCAGGAAGUGUUGGCCCAGUAGGGGAGAGAGGCAUAGAUGGUCUACCAGGGCCAAAGGGAGAAUCAGGAAGCCCUGGCCCAGUAGGGGAGAGAGGCAUAGAUGGUCUACCAGGGCCAAAGGGAGAACCAGGAAGUGUUGGCCCAGUAGGGGAGAGAGGUAUAGAUGGUCUACCAGGGCCAAAGGGAGAACCAGGAAGUGUUGGCCCAGUAGGGGAGAGAGGCAUAGAUGGUCUACCAGGGCCAAAGGGAGAAUCAGGAAGCCCUGGCCCAGUAGGGGAGAGAGGUAUAGAUGGUCUACCAGGGGCAAUGGGAGAACCAGGAAGUCCUGGCCCAGUAGGGGAGAGAGGCAUAGAUGGUCUACCAGGGGCAAAGGGGGAACCAGGAAACAUUGGCCCUGUGGGGAAAAGAGGCAUGAGUGGUCUACCAGGGCCAAAGGGAAAUCGGGGAAGCAUUGGCCCAACAGGGGAGAGAGGCAUGGAUGGGCUACCAGGGCCAAAGGGAAAUCAAGGAAGCAUUGGUCAGACUGGGGAAAAAGGUAUAAAAGGGCAACCAGGAGCAAGGGGAAAACGAGGAAGCGCUGGCUCAGUGGGAGAGAGAGGCAUAGAUGGGCUACCAGGGCCUAAGGGAGAACCCGGAAGCAUUGGCCCAGUGGGAGAGAAAGGCUUAGAUGGUCUAGCAGGGCCGAAGGGUGAACCAGGAAGCCCUGGUCCAAUAGGAGAGAAAGGCAUAGAUGGUCUACCAGGGCCAAAGGGAGAACCAGGAAUCAAUGGCUCAGUAGGAGACAAAUGCAUUGAUGGGCUACCAGGGCCAAAGGGAGAACCCGGAAGCCCUGGCCCGACAGGAGACAAAGGCAUAGAUGGUCUACCAGGGCCAAAGGGAGACCCAGGAAGUGUUGGCCCAACAGGAGAGAAAGGCAUAGAUGGCCUUCCAGGGCCAAAGGGUGAACCUGGUGAAAGAGGAGCAGAUGGAUACAUUGGGCCAAGGGGUCCUCCAGGCCUGAAAGGAGAACAGGGUGAUACAGUAAUAAUAGACUACGAUGGUAGAAUCUUGGAAGCUCUCAAGGCUGCAGGGAAACUCAGAUUGACGGGCCCGCCAGGUCCCCAAGGGCCCCCAGGCCCCCAAGGAGCUCCAGGACCAAAGGGAGAACUUGGAUUGCCUGGCCCACCUGGAGUUGAUGGAGAGAAGGGUCCUAAAGGUUCAAAAGGAGACCAAGGAAGCUCCGGACUCAUAGGACAAAAGGGAGAGAAAGGAGACGUUGGCUUGACUGGUCUCCCAGGUCCGAAAGGAUUGAAAGGAGACCAAGGAAACCCUGGAAUAACGGGGGAGAGAGGAGAGACAGGGGAAAUGGGCUUGUCUGGUCCACCGGGCAUUGAUGGACCAAAAGGAGAACCUGGUGCUCCCUGUGAGAAGGAUCUUGUGCAGAUUAUAGCUGAACCAGGACCUCCUGGCGUUCCAGGUCUACCAGGUCCACCAGGCCCUAUGGGUCCUCAAGGAAUACAGGGGCAGAAGGGUCCUCAAGGAAUUCAAGGACACAAGGGCUCAGAUGGUGCAAAGGGUGCAAAAGGUGAAAGUGGUCAUAAAGGUGAAAAAGGUGUCCCUGGGCCACAUGGUGCUGCUGGUACUCCUGGGCUUAUCGGUUUACCAGGCACCAAAGGGGAGAAGGGAAAGCCAGGGGAACCAGGAUUAGAUGGUUUCCCAGGCCUAAGAGGAGAAAAAGGAGAAAAAAGUGAGAGAGGAGAAAAGGGAGAAAGAGGACUUCCAGGUAGAAAAGGAGCAAAAGGGCAAAAGGGAGAGCCAGGGCCGCCUGGAUUGGAUCAGCCUUGUCCAGUGGGACCAGAUGGAUUACCAGUACCAGGAUGUUGGCACAAGUCACAGAUGGAAACAGAGGAGAAAAUGAAAAAGAAAAAGAAGUUGCAGCCUUAGAAAUGAGACAAACGGUGGCUUACGGAUGAAUGUAGGAGGAAGCUCCAACCCGGAAAUGCAACACAAACAUAACCACACAUGCUGCUACAUACCUCCACCUUGAAGAAAACAGUUACGUUCUUGGUCGUUAUGAUCACCUCUGUUAUCUGUAGUGGCUUUUUCCACAUGUAGAAAACUUUGUCGCCGGGAGAACCUCUGCUUAGCAUUCUACAAUCUGUGACUUAAAGCGGGUUGAUUCUCUUCAGGAACUUUUGUAAUUACUACGGAAUUGGAAAAACUUGUAGUGCCUCACAUACCAUACAGAUCACACACAAAAAACACACACACAGAGGAAACAGUACAAUGUUCAUCUCAGUUUUACAGAUUUGGAGCAUAACACCAGUGCUGAUUUAAAACCUCUUCCAUAGCCACAGUCCAUGAGUGCCAACUCACGUUUGCAAACUGGGAAGGGAUUCCUGUAUGAAGUCCAGUGCUUGCUUCCCUGAAUUGGCAGGGCUUGCCAUAUCAAUACUGAUAAACUGGAGCUCUGUUUUUGUACUUUGCUCCCCCACUCCCAUAUGCAGAACCAAGUACAUAACUCUAGGAGGAGUAUCUUCAUUGGUGUGUAAGCACCUCCCAAAUAAAACUACCUGUGGUCAGAA